AUGGUUCAAUCAACUUUAAAAAGUGACUAUAAUAAACAAUCAAAUCUGGUUUUCAAUGAAUUACUGAAGCAAUUAACAGAGAAAGAGGAUAUAACAGUGUUCAAGAUAACCAAAAAUGAUUCAAUCAGGAGUAAAGUCGAUGCCAUAUUGAAGUCUAUCGAACAAGAUAAGUUGAUAUUCUUAUCUGGACUGUCAAAUUCAAUUGCCAAACUAAUAUGUAUUACAGAAAUAGUCAAACAAAAGCAGAAUGGACAACAAGAUCCGCUGGAAAAAUUGGAUCAAUAUAAUAAACUACUACAUAUUGAUAGUACAGUAAAUCCAAACUAUAAGCCCAUACUGGAAAAAGAAAAUGAGCAAACUGAUAGAAACCAACUAGAGAAAGAAGCUUUACAAGAAAUCAAAGGUCCCAAGAUCUACACAUUGCCAGUGUUGUACAUUUUAAUUGGUAAACACUCCAUAAUGUCCAAUAUAGAGUUGGUUAGCUGGACGAAACAAGACAAGUAA